UUGAAUAUUACAUAAUAGAGAGAACUAAACGUGGCAUAUGGCGUUAGACAAAAGACCUCGGCGCUGAUUACCCCGAAAUUGUUAAAAUAGAUGAUUUUUCAGGAUUUAAAUGAUCGUCAACUGGUUGAUCAGCACGACACACUAAUUAUUGAUGCCGGCGCGUUUAUGUUUGAGGUUGAUUGUCAAACGUAUUUUUGAACACAGAAUUAUCAGUCUUUCAACAAUGUCAACGACCCCAACAUCGAAUCCUACGUGUAACGUCGAUUUGGGAGGGAUGAGGAUCAAGUACAAGGACAAAUCAGAAACUUUUACUGAGGAUCAGCUGCAAUUCAAGGAACCCAUUGGGCAGUUCAAAAUUUGGUUUGAUGCUGCUUGCAAUUUACCGACUAUUCAGGAACCCAAUGCCAUGAUUGUGGCCACAGCAACCAGAGAUGGGAUUCCCUCAGCAAGACCAGUACUUCUCAAAGGCUUCAGCACUGAAGGAUUCAAAUUUUAUACGAACUACGAGAGCCGAAAAGGUCGUGAGCUGGCAGAUAAUCCUAACGCAGCUUUAGUGUUCCACUGGGAGCCUAUGAGAAGAACGGUGCGUAUUGAGGGCAGAGUAGAGAAGACUUCGCAGGAGGACUCCGAUAUUUAUUUUUCUACCAGACCAUUCCCCAGUCAGAUCGGAGCACAUGCGAGUAAACAGAGUGCACCAAUCGCUGGACGUGAGACCCUGAUGAUCAAGGAGAGAGAGUUCCUGGCUCAGUUUUCAGAGGGAAAAGUUCCUAGACCUCCCUGCUGGGGCGGUUUCAUUGUCAUUCCAAAAUGCGUGGAGUUCUGGCAGGGCCAGAGUGAUCGUCUCCACGACAGGAUCCGCUUUCGACGGCCUCAACCCAACGAAAAGAUCAAUAAUAUAUUGGUUCACCAAGGAGACGAUGGCUGGGUUUACGAGAGAUUAUCCCCUUGAAUCGACACCUCAGAUAAUUGAGAUUGUCUUUAGAGGAAUUUAUUAAUUUAUAGGAGGACUACAACAGCUUCGUUAACUUCAGUACCUCGCGUUGUAAGCCUAGAAAAAAAUGUCUUAGGUGUUGGGCAUUAAAGAGUCUAUCGAAA